AUGCAGAACGCUUGUACGGUUUGCAAGGCUAAGGCAAUCCAAGCUUACGCGGACCGCAACGAAUGGAAGAAUUUCUUUGUGAUCAAAGUUGUCUGCGGUCCGCCAACCAAACCGACUGCUCCUUUUCUCAGCGCCGACGGCAGUACUCUACCCACUGAAAAGACAAAAAUUCUACAGCGAUGUGCCGAGUACUUCAGAGGCGUUCUCAACCGUACCUCUACCAUCUCCGACGCCACCAUCGUUCGUCUGUCUCAAGUGGAGACUAACGUCGACCCCGACCUCCCACCCUCACCACGAAGCCAUCAAGGCCGUGCAGCUGCUCACCAGCAAGAAUACGCCCGGAUCGGAGGCGAUCCCUGCUGAGAUCUACGAGCGGGUUGGCCCUCGGCAUAUGGAACAUCUGAUGGAGCUCUUCCAGGAGAUGUGGCAUCAAGGAGAAGUUCUACAGGAUUUCAAGGACGCCACAAUCAUGCAUCCCUACAAGCAGAAAGGAAACUGCCAAAUCUGCGACAAUCAUCGAGACAUCUCCCUGCUGAACAUCGACGGGAGACUCUUCGUUCUCAUCCUUCUCAACUGCCUGAACAACCAUCUGGAACGAGGUCUCCUACUGGAAAGUCAGUGCGACUCCCGCCGUCAUCGUGGGGCCACGGACAUGAUCUUCGCCGCCCGUCAAUAG